AUGGAAAAAACACCCUUUUUCAUUAUAGCCUCUAUAGGAAACCCUGGUCUCAGGUAUGCCUUUACCAGACACUCGGUUGGCCAUCAGUUUGUUUCGAAACUGGCCAAAGAUCUCCAUUUGCCUGCUCCAACCAAAAAACAAAAUGUUACAGGCGGACUGGUAACAAUAGCUCGCAACAGCUUUGCUAACGUUCCUGAAUCUCCGAACCCACAAUCAUUUAUGCUAUAUCAGAACUUGAAUUUUAUGAACUUGUCUGGUGAUGCCUUUAAAAGAUUUUGGUCUACUUGGAUCCCAAAAUACCGACCAGAAAGCUCCUGGGAUACUCAUUUGGUAGUUCUUCAUGAUGAACUGGAUUUGCCGAUCGGAGAUGUAAAGUAUCGACCAUCAACUAGACGUACUAAUGGACACAAUGGUUUGCGUUCCAUGGCUAAUGAUCUUCGAUUUCACUGGUCGGACGUCUCUAUUGGUAUUGGCCGUCCGCUACAUAAAGAGGAUGUUGCAAAAUACGUCUUAUCCAACUUUAACAAUUCAGAAAAGACUGUGCUUUAUCGUGAUGCUUACCCACAAGUGCUCGACCUUGUGAUUCAAAUACUUAGUGAGAGAUCUGUUGAUGUCAAGAUCCCUUAG